AUGGACUCUCCAAGACGUGUACUGGUAACAGGCGGAAGCGGCUUUCUGGGUGGCCAUAUAGUCCGUCAACUGCUAGAGGAGGAUACGGCAACAACAGUUGCUAUCGUCAGCCGUCACCCAAAAAUACCCGCCGGCAUCUCCGGCGACUCUCGAAUCUCACUUCAUGCAGCGGAUGUCGCAGUUUCAAGUCAAAUCGAAGCAGUGUUUCGAGACUUCAAACCUCAUGCAGUUAUUCACGCAGCAUCGCCAACUUACCUUGACAUUGCUGUCAACUUGGUCAAGGCAAACAUUGAUGGAACAGCAAAUUUACUGGCCGCCGCUACAGCAUGUCUCGACACAAAGGCCUUCGUCUUCACCUCAUCUAACUCAGCUGUUGUCUCUACCCAAAAGCCCGUCACCGAAGUAGACGCCGUGCUACAUGAUGAAAAGACUGCCCCGAACGUCUACGGCAUGACAAAAGCCCAAGCCGAAAGGCUUGUCGUGGCCGCUGACUCGCCUCAGCUUCGCACCUCGAUUGUACGCAUACCUGGUCUCUACGGCGAGCACGACAACAAUUUCGUGCCUCAAUUAGUAACGAGUAUGCGGAGAAAAGAGCACAAGAUGCAAGUGGGAGAUGACACAAAGCUUCACGAGUUUAUUUACGUGGACAAGGCAGCCGAGGGACACAUUCUGGGUUUGCAGAUACUUCUAAACCCGGAUACCGCCGAUAAAGCGGGAGGCGAGGCAUUCUUUAUUUCAGACGGGAGACCACAGCCUUUCUUCGAAUUUUGCCGAAGGUUUUAUGCUGGAGCCGGGCACCCUGUUCCGGCGAAUGAAAUCACGCGUAUUCCUAUGCCGGUGAUGAAGGCCAUGGCGUCGACGACAGAAUGGGUCUAUUGGAUCUUCACAUUGGGCUACAUCAAGCCGAACCUGCGUAGAAUCGGCAUAAACCAUCUUGACUCAGGGUGGUGCUGGUCUUUGGAGAAGGCCGACAAGGUUCUGGGAUAUAAGCCGAUCUCGGAUCAAGAUGAUGCUAUCAAGAGAACAAUGGAGUGGGCAAUGGCGACGCUGUAA